AUUGAUAAGACGCACGCAUCCUUAUCGGAUACAGUGGACGAGUUUUUGAAGCUGUAGCUUCCACAAACCUUAAUUGUUCUUAGUUAAUUGUUCAUCAAGUACUUAGACCUCGAGAUGGUAUAGAAGGUUGACAUAAAAAGCUUCAGGGAAAAAAAAAAUAUUUUCUUCUCCAUUCUACGCAUUUCACCUGAAUUCUUAAAACAUACUUAUUAUUAUAGGGUGGGGUUGGUUUUGCGACCAACCGCAUCUGUUAGUAAAGAAAAUCAUUAUUUGCGUCAGCCUGAUACAAAAAGAUAGAACUUAGUAGAAAUUUGACAAAACUGCAUACGCAGAUGCGCUUCCAGCAUUUAAGGAUGUUUAAACUAUGAAAGUCCAUUUAUUUAAUGUUCAUUCAAAACAUACGUUUCAUCAAUUCGCCAAUCUCAUGUAUGAUUCAAUAUUUGAAUACAGUUACACUGAAUGCUCUACCCAUUCUGAAGAAAGAAGGAUUAUUAAUUACUAAAUCUGAUUGAUAACUAAGGGGCGGCAUGGAAAAUUGUGAGCUGGCAUCGAUUUUCUAUUUAGUAUUGAUUAUUUGCAGAUUAGCUGUGUGCCACAGCGAAGGAAAUUCUUUUCCCGUAAAUGGAACAGUAAAAUCUAAGUCUGAAAGAAAGGUCAUGCGAAGAGAAGAUUUUACGCCUAGAAUUUCUACCUAUGAUGUUCGACAGUUACCAUUUCAUGUAUCAGAAAAGAUUUUGAAUGAAACAAAUGACUCCGUAGAUCGACGUGCACAAAAGUCUGUCAUAAGAAGGUUUGAUCACGAUACUUUUCAUGAUUUUAUACCUUCUAAAUCUUCAGCGAAAUCAGAAGGCUACUGGAUUAUAAAACCUUCUGUAAAUUACACAAAACGUAAUGAAAAUGUGCGCAAGCUUGAUCAAGGAGUUUCAUGGCCUGUAUGGUCAUCCAAGAAAGAAAUAUAUAAUAACAAUAAUAAAAAUCGGAAGUAUCGAAAAUACUCGGAUAGUAUCGAUGACUAUUUAGGGCUUGACUCCAAACUCCAUGAUUUCAUGAGUGAUCGCAAAUACAUUCAUGAACAUGAAGGUUUCAUCUUUCCUAUACAUGUGCCUUCGCACCAUGAAAAAGAUGAUAACUUAAUUCCACUGCUGUUACUGCUGUGCUACCACUACUGCUAUUUGCCAUUAUAAUUCCUUUAAACGCUAAUCUACUGUCUACACUUUUUCUAAUAAUGCAGAAUAAUGGAGCUACUACGACAGCCGCUCAGCUUGCCGCAGCAUCAGGUCGCAGGAAAAAGAGGCACCUCGUUCAACCAACGCACCCUGUGAUAGAAGACAGAAUUUGGGAGAUGUUGAACGUGAUCGAUAAAAUUAGUGAAACUUCAGAAAUUUUCAAGACUCUUACAGAAUAAUCACGAAGAAAAUAAUGUUAUUUUACAGUCUUUCUCUGUCUUUAGCUGUAUUACAAAUCCUUAAAUACCACAUUCAUUUUAGAUUUUUGAAUGCAGUUGAAAAUUAAAUAAAAACAUAACUGCAGUAGGGUUGUCACUGUGAAAAAUAUUAAGAUUUAAGGUUAACAAUCAUAUAUCUUACUAACUGGGCGAUUAAGUUUCACAAAGUAACUCUCGAAAU